AUGCAGUUCCUCAAGACUAUCCUCUUUCUCGCGUUUGCUAUGAUCGGUAUGGCCGCUCCCGCCGACCUCUUCGAGCUCGACGCUCGACAGGAGGCAGACUGCACCUGUUCUGGCACCGUCACCGUCACUGUUCCCGCCGGCGGUAUCCCCGCUACCAUCGUUGGCAGCUCGACUCUUCUUACUGUCGGCCCUAUUCCUACUGAGCAGACUGUCUCCCUCCCCGUCUAUGGAACGGAGACCGCCAUUCCAGGCGUCCCUAUCUGGUCUGACCCUGUCCCCACCUUGUCCAGCUCUGUUCUCACGGCUCCUACCGAUGUCACUGCCUCAGCUCCCACCGAUGUCAUUGCUCCGGCUCCGACCGUGUCUGAGCCUGCUGUUACUGGCACUGUCACUGAUGCGGGUUCGUCUGGCGUCCCGCUCGUCGAUGCCACCUCAUCUGUCUUGGCCUCAUACUCCUCGUCUUUUGGCGAGUUUGCCUCGAGUGCCACAGAUGCCGUGGAGCCGUCUCCCACCGAGUCGAUCUCCCAAGGCGGUGGUGCCGCUCCCACUGGAGCACUCAGCCUUGGCGCCAUGCUUGGUGGCGCUGCUCUCAUCGCAAUGGCCCUCUAA